UAUGGUUUUCACAUACCAUUUGCCACCGCACGAUGGAGACGCAUGGUCAUUCACAAAUCGGACAAUCCAUUGCUACCUCGUUUGCCUUACCGUUCAAUUGCGUCACGUUACGCAUUAGUGUGUCAAAACCCAAACGUCGCACUUCAUUCUUCCAUCAUGUAGGUUGCCACAGUUUGAAACGUGUCGGAAACGAUGACUUUGUUUGUUUUCUAGUCAACCCCAGCCGUCACAAGAAACAUUGCAACAUAAAAAAAAUGCUUCUCAUCUGCACCGGUUUAUGAAUGUUUUCGGAUCGCGACUAGAAGACUAACUUGAAGUGACAAAUCUGCCCUCGAGAAUAAGCUAGCAACAGUCCGCCGGCGGAGGUUGAUCGGUGUGGGUCGUCGAUAUGACAAACAUCUAGGAAGGAAGGCGUGGAAGACCGGAAAUUCGAAUACGUCAAAUAUUUGCUAGUGCUAAAGCAAGUAAUUAAAAUGUUUAGUUUUUUCAAACGCUCAAAGACUCAAAAAUCAAAACAAAAACACGAUGCAAGUGCAACGAAGGUUGCAGUGCCGAGCGCGUGCAUUGCGAAUACCCACGACGCAGCAACACCCAUGCGACCACUCGAUCAAAACGAUGGUGUUCGAGAUCGUGUUGAUGCUAAGGUAAGACCCACUACCGACAACGGCGGAAGUGGUGGAGAGGGCACAAGUGUUAAAAAUAAGCAGCAUCCACCGCCAGCGGCUACUCGCUUCAGUCCGAAUGAUAUAAUCCGCGAGAACGGUCGUUCGUUCGAUUUUGAGGACGGCACGGGCAGCGUGAUCGAGUUCGCAGACGCCGACGAAUCGGACGACGGGAACGCGAUCAAUGAGCGCGAGGAACGAGAGGAUCACACAUUGCUGCCACUUCAACUACGGGGGGAGACAAACGAACCGAAAUCAGACCAAUCAGCUAGUUAUAAUCAAAACGCGAACCUGCUCGAAAGUACCAUGGCGAAAGGUAAAAACAAGCGACGCUACCAGCAACAACAGCAGCAGCAGCAAAAUGGCAAAAAUUUGCAGCAUCAGCAAGGUCACAAACAAACGAGUCAGCAUCUACAAUCGAACAAAGAUAACCACCUGCUGCACAAACAAACGUGUGCAAUAAGCGAAAAGUCGACACAUAAAGAAAGUACAGAAAAAGUGAGCGACACGAUCGACGUGUCUAACGUGACGACGCAGCAAACUGAAAUCGUGCCUCAAGUAGAACAAAUUAAUGGCGAAGUUAAUCAUAGUGAACAUAAUUCCAACCAGGAGCAAAAAGUGAAAAUCGUUAGUAAAGAUACUGAGACUGAGCAACGACCGUGUCUCACUGCCGGUGACGUCAAUGGAAGCAACGUUGAAGUUCACGAGGAUAAAAAUAGCAUCGUGGUGCGCUCGGAUACCAACAAACCGUCGAGCGGUGAUCAUCCCGACAAAGAUGUGAGUGUAACAUCGGAGGACCUUACGGUCACUACAUCCGUGACAUCACCAUUUCCGUUAACACAGACAACGAACAGCCAUCUCACUGCGAUCACUAGCGAAGCCGGCCUAAAUGAAAUAUUAAAGAGCAUCAAUAACGACUCAGUAUCUUCUCAGUGUCCUGCGACGGAACUUCAUCAAUCGACUAGUAUUCACGAGAUUAAAGAUGGUUUGCGCGAGACAACCAACGGUAGUGGAACUGUAACUAGCAAAGACGUAACAUCGCUCAAGGAAAUGGGCCAAACGCCAAGUAAACCCGGCGAACCAGCAAGCAGCAACAGACGAUCGCUCACGCCCAAUCGUCAAUCACCUUGUCCGGUAUCAGAGACUCGGACGCAGCCGUUGCUAUCAGUGCAAGUGAAGCAAGAUGCUUCUCGGGACGAUAUUAGCGACGAUCGAGAUGUCUUCUACGAAGCGACGGAAUCCUUAUCCUCCGUACCUAACGCCGCCCCCGUGGAUAACCGUGACCCGGCCGUAUCGCCGUUCUCCGCGAUCAAACCAGCAGAGCAGGAAAAGCCUGCACUUCCCAAAGCUAUCAUUUCCGCACCUCAAAGUGAACCGCGAGUUAGCCCGAAAAAACGUGUAGUGUUCAGUGAUCAACUCAUAAUAGAUGGGAACCCCACCCAGGAGUACGAUUUACGCAACGACAGUGUUAGCAGUGCAAGUACCGAGUCAAUCCCGAAUGCGUUAAAUUUAGAACCACCACGUUAUGAGCAUGUCGUGAAAAAUAAUGAUGAACAAAUGCAUGCCGAAUCCUUACCACCCGGUUCAUUUGUGUUUAACCAAAGUGCAAACGAAGUAGUCAGCAGUGUCGAUAAUAACGUCGAGCAAAGUGCAUUUAAUAGUGAUAAGAGUGGCAUUUUUACCAGUGUUGUUCCAAUGAUCAUAGUCAAACCGAAACUAAUCGAAUUCCGUUACGAUCGCAGUGAUCCAAGUGCACAGCAAAAUGGGCAUAGCGAGGAAGAAAAAGAAAAGUCACAGCCUACUGUGACCAAUGGUGAUAAAGAGUUAAUCGAAAAUGGCACCACCCUGAUCGUGGACGAAAUCAUCAGCCUUCCAGAUGUGGUGCAACCGACGAACAUCGACAAGGCAUCCAAGCAGCAGCCCUUCAGCACAGUUGAUAAGAUCAACAGUGAAAUGAAAGAGCUAGUGAAUCAGGAAUCACGCUAUAGCGCCAAGCUUGAGGAUGCCGAGAAGCGAGCCAGCGAGGCCCAGACUAAGGUGUACGAACUGAAACUACGGCUGGAUGAAGUGGAGAGAGAAGUUUGCUUGAAGGAAUGCAACGUAGACCGUCUCAAAGCGGAGCUAGAUGCAGCGUGCAAGGAAUGCGAGACUAUCCGUGCGCGGAUGCACUCGCAGAGCUCCGAACUGGACGCACUAAGACUGAAGUUCUCCGAACGGGAGGAUGAGCUAAAUCUUAAGUACCAAAAUUUAGAGAUAGAAUACGUAGAGUUAACCGAGAAGCUGAAAGACGUGCGCCAGCUGGCGCACGACUUGAACAUGCAGCUCAUCAACGCCCAAUCGGAGGCGGAGCGCCGCCAGAAGGAGAAGGAUACGCUGCUGGAGGAGCGUGCCGAGGAGCAGAAGCUGGUCAAGGAGGCACUGGAGUCGGCCCUGAAGGAACGGGCCCAGAUCGAGGCCAAGUGGAAGAAUGACUUCGAGCAGCUGCGGACGGUGCACUCCGGUCGGGAGGAGACCCUCAUGGAGGACUGCGAGUGGAAGAUACGGUCGAUGCAGAAGAACUGCAAGGAGAAGAUGGAGAAGAUCGAAAGCGAACGGAAGAUGGCCAUGGACAAGAUGGCGCGGUUGGAGCAGGAGACGAGCAAGCAUAUAGAGGAGACCAAACAUCUAAAAUCCUACGAAGCUGAGGUAGCCCAGCUACGAGGGCUCACAUACGAUCAAAAGGAGGCACUGAAGACAAUGACGCGUCAGAUUGAUCAGCUCAAAGCAGACCUGCUGAUGGCGAACAACAAGCUGGAAGCGGAAAUUGUUAAAGUGCAGCAGAUCAAGAAUCGUUGUGAAUACCAACUUUGCGAGAAGGAACGCGAGGCUCUGAACCGAAUAGAGAUCGCUCGGGGUGAGAUUGCAAUGCAGUGGGAGGAUCGAUUGCUGCACGAGAUGAACCGGCUCAAAAACGAGCUGGAGCAGAUGUACAUCGAGGAACGGGUGGCCGCCAUCAACAAAUUCAAACGGGAAGCCCUGGAGGAAACGGAAGCGCUCAAGCAUAAGUUCAACAUGCGCGAGAGGCAACUUAAGGAUGAGAUUGAAUCACUGAAGAGCAUAAUCCAGCAGCAAAAACAAGCGAUGGAGGCUGCCCAAACGGAGGCAGAUCACAGGCUAGUGCAGUCUCGGAUGUUUGUGGAACGAGCAGAGCGAGAGCAUGAAACAAUUCUGGCCAAAGAAGUUUCCAAGAGGGAUCAAAUUAUUGAAAAUCUCAAAGAACAAUACGAGAAGGAAAAGUUCGAGAUGGAGCAACAUUUCAGUUUGAGAAUACAGCAGGUACAGGAAGAGUUCCAACGAGAAUUGUCCGAUACUACUGAGUUGCUGAAGGCUACCCAUAAAAAAGAGCUGGAACAACAAUGGAAAAAUCUGGUGAACGAGAAGGAAGAGGCGCUACAGCUGAUGGAGUCCCGACAAAGAAAUCGUCUUCAGGAAGCUGAAAAUGAAAUAAGAGAGCUAAAGAUCGGCCAUCAGCGAGAACUAAAGGACCUUCACGAGGAGAACCGAUUCACGAUCACCAGUCUGGAGUCACGCGACACCAAAAACGCCCAGGAAAUUCAAACCUUGCAUAAGAAGUGUCGAUGUUUAACGAAUCUUUUCGAGGAAAUGCGAAUGCGAUACGAACGCCGUGAUCCUCGGCAGGAAGAUUUGCAGCAAAUCGAGGAACUGAAGAGCGUGAUCGAGUCCCAGGACCGCGACCUACGGCUUUUGACGGAACAAUUCCGAGAGAUGCAACUGCACGAAAGAGAACUGCAGCAGAGACUGUACCAACAACAGCAACUGCAGCAGCAACAACCUCCACAACCUCCGAGGAGAGCGAAGAACCGUGGUAAACAGCAACAAAGUCAGCAAACUGAUCACGUAGUGAUAGAAGAAGACGAUCAACAGCAGGAACAGCAACAACAACAUCAACCUCAAAUACAGAUCCAACCGAUGACAGCAUCAGUUCCUAUUGUGUGCGAUGUGAUUUAUGAGGAGAACGAAGCUGACCUUAUCCAGGAUGAACAAGAGCAAUCCGUAACACCUCCUGAUACUGUACAGGAAGAUCAACGAAGGGAACAACCAGAACAAGCUGUUGAACAACAAAAUGAUCAACAGAUGCAGACUGAAGUCAUCGUAGAUGUUCCAGAAUCAUCCAUUGAAACACUCAUUGACGUUGUGCAAUCAACUGAACCUGUUUUUAUCGAUAGUAUCCCUAGCGCGAGUUCAAACUCCAACGCAAUAGCUGAAGAAACAUCCAGUUCUGUUCAAGAACCAGAAGUUUCCGUAAUAGAAAUCAAUUGUCUCCCAGAAUCCAAGUCAGUAGACUCAGAAGUGUCCCCUCCCAUACCCACUCCUUCCAUUGUAAUCACUACAGAAAACGAAGAGUCUAUAGAGCCCGAGCAGGUUGAAGUAUGUAUAUCGACGGUAGUUGAACUUCCUGCACCUCAUUCAUUCAUUAAAAUUGUAGAGGACCCAUUUCCAGCAGCGGAGGCCCAAACGGAAGUGCAACAAAAAGUACAAAACAUGCCGGAAAUGAUUGUCAUAAGAGAACCGGAUGUGAUUGCAGAGGCCAAAGCUGCUGUUGCUGCUACCGCCGAAGUGUCCACUGCUGUUGAUGUGGUUGUCUGUGUGCCCGGUACACGAUCCUCAUCGACGUAACUCAGUCCAGAUAUCACCGCAGAAAGGGGAAGCCUCAGAAUGGCCAUUGUUUAGGGAACUCAAAUCAAACAUUUGUGUACUAGUCACGCUUCGGGGCACUCUAGAGUUCCUGUGAACUGUUAUGUUAUGCUUCUUUUUGUUUAUUAUAGCCUUCUGUAUUCUAUAUUUUGGAUCCUGUUGAAAAUAUAUUAUGUACACUGGAAAGCGUAUCACAAAAUACUAAUGAUGAAAUACUGUAGAUGUAUCAAUGCGAUCCAUUGCAGGAUUCAGUGAUAUUUUUCUGUUGCCUAGACGGGAUAUCUAGGAAUGAGAAUGGAUCAAAACGAACAAACAAAAAAAAACGAACUGUACUUACUGAUAGACUUUACACUACAAGUAAACUUAGUCAUGGGCGAAGAUCAAUAAAGAUUGUUCUACCGAAA